UCGCGUCGCCUGCCUCCUCCCUUCCUCCCACUCCGAGACCGAGGAAGAAGAAGAAGAGCAUCUCACCUCGGAGCCAGAGAUGUGCGGCGGCGGCAGGCGCGCGAGGAGGUGCUGCUGUUGCUAGGGCUUCGGAUUUGGAAGAGCGGGCAAGGAGGAGGGAUCUGGCGGGAGGAGCAGAGGCGGAUCUGGCUGUUGAGGGGCGGAUCUGGUGGCGUCUCGCUGGUGGCUGCAGCGCAAGGCAUGGAGCACUACACCAUGAGGCUCGGCCCUGCCGCCGCCGCCGCCGCGCAGCAGCUCUCCUGGGGAGGGGAUCCGCCGUUGCCCGACCGAAGGUCGAGGUUCUGGCAGAUGGACUACGCCUCGCAGCAGCAGCAGCGCAUCGAGGUCAUAUGCCCACAGCCGCGCCGCCUGUCCCGCCCUCCGUUCCUCAUGGAGCCCGUCACCAGGGCUAGCGCCAAGCCCAACGGGACACUGCAAGUGUAUAGAGCAGACUCCGCCUCUGAUAUCCUUGAUCUCAUCCUCAGCAAGAAUGACCCUGAUGUUGAUACUGAUCCAGGCAGCCAGGUGACCUUUUUCUGUGGCUCGCCUCCUGUCCGCACUAACAACCCUGUUGUGAAUGAUCCGCAGUUUGGUAGGAACACACCUUCUUUUUCUCCUCUAGGGAGUAGCCCAUUCAGCAAGAUGCUCGGUGGAAGAGCUGAAGUAGGCUCUCCGUCUUGCGGGGCUAGUAGCAGUCCGAAAGUAAGGAUCGAAGGUUUCGCGUGCGGGAACAAAGAGACCCAGUGUGCAGUGACCUUUGCCUGAGCAAUUUGAUCAUAUCCCCAUUGACCCUAGCGCUAUUUUGCCACCUCAACCAACCUGUAAAUUUUCCGCCCUGAGGAUACAGCUGGUUACUUAAUUUUAAGUUAGUAGUACCUGUUGGAGUUGAGUCGUCAUGAGUUCGUGGUCUGCCCACCCUACUGGUUGUGUGGCUUUUGGAACUGCACAAUCGCAGCAGAGAGCUUCCGGAUGUACAUAAGAGAAGUGUCUCGUGAUCUGUUGUCUUUGUAUCUACAUCUUGUAAUGUGUUUUUAGCAAGUCAGGGUUCUGUGGGUGUGUGGUCAGUGUCUGUAAAUACCGUCCUGUCCUGCAUUCAGAUGCAUAAUGGAGUAACUAUUCUAUUCUAUUA